AAGUCCACGCGUCCGUCCAAAAAAAGCACAAACGAAUCUAGAAGUUUAAGUUUAUUCCGACGACGAAGACAGACGAGACGAACCAUUAGGCCCCCUUGGGAUUGGUGCACUUCACUUCGCGUCAAGCAAUGGCGAGUUCAACUCCGCAGAAUGUUAUUCGCAGGAAACUAGUCAUUAUUGGCGAUGGAGCUUGCGGCAAGACCUCUUUACUGAGCGUCUUCACGCUCGGAUACUUCCCAACCCACUACAUUCCGACCGUAUUUGAGAACUACGUAACAGAUUGCAGAGUCGACGGCAAGUCGGUACAAUUAGCAUUAUGGGAUACGGCGGGUCAGGAAGACUACGAGCGACUGCGACCCCUCGCAUACUCGAAGGCGCAUGUGCUACUAAUAGGGUUCUCGAUCGAGUCGCCUGAUUCUCUUGACAACGUGAAGCACAAGUGGGUAGAAGAAGCGACAGAACGAUGCCCCGGCGUCCCUAUCAUCUUAGUAGGACUAAAGAAGGAUCUACGAGACGACCCAGUAGCGAUCGAGGAGAUGCGCAAGAAGAGCCUAAAAUUCGUGACGGAGCGACAGGGCGAGCAAGCCGCGCAGGAAAUCGGCGCGCGCAAGUACCUCGAGUGCUCGAGUCUGAGCGGGGAGGGCGUCGACGACGUGUUUGAGGCCGCCACCCGCGCCGCUCUCCUCACCUUCGAAAAAGGCGAAGGCGGCGGAUGCUGCGUUAUAUUAUAAGAUGGCGCAGCGCGGUACGGCACGGCACGGCACGGCAUGGCACGGCAUGGCACGGUACGAACUCGACGCGACUUGUAGAACGGGCCACGGGAAUCGACGCACGAAACACGAGUAGGAAACGUCCCCGGGGAACAGAUUUAAACCAAAAAUGGGUGUUCACUUUAGUGGAGUUUGGCUUAGGCGGAAUUGAAUAUUCCGACGUACUAUUUUUCCUUUCGUUUUGCUUUUGUUGGAAUAUUACAAGAGGAGGCCGAGAAGGAGAAAGAAGAGCUGAUGAGUCGGAGAUAGAGGCGCUCGGAUUAUGCGUGCCGGAGGAAGCAAUUGGGGAUUGGGAUUCACAACAGCCAGCAAUCUACCUCGAACGAGACGAGCUCUCGUCAGGGCCUCCAGACUACG